AUGCAAUAUGGAAAUGGUGACACAGGAGCACAGAUUUUCAACCUGCUGAUGCCCCAACUGAACAACAUGCCAUCCUCACCCAUUUUAAGCUCCCCCACCAUGGGGAAGACUCUACUACCACCAGAGAACAAGUGGAUGCAGUCCAAUGAAGCUGGUGAAACAGUCCUUCCUGCUCGAUUGUCAGCAUUGCCUGACCUGAAGAGCUCACAAAGUGCCAAUGGUAUCAGCAGCCCCAAAGUACAUGAGAUUGUGGAUGCAGCAGAGAGGGAGGUGGACCUCAGAAUAUUUAAUGUGAUGUGUAACACAAUGCCACAACACAACGACAAGGCUAUGUCACCUGCUAAAAGCCAAACACACCCAAAGGAACUUGUGCUUCCAGACCCUCAUCAGGACUCUGAUACGGACAGUAGGAAGCUCCUGUUGCAAAUGAGCAGGGCACAGCUAUUCAGGAUUGUCAUGGGAGGCUAUUGGCCAUACAUCUCCCCAAUGUUUUUGAAUAGAAAUGAUUGGUCUUGUGUCCAAACUGAGCAAAAGUGGCUUCCAUCUUCUGUGCAAAAGAAGAAUUCAUCUGUUUGGUCAUGGGUUAUGGAUUCUGGCAUAUGA